CUGGCUGCAAUAACAGUUGAAAGGUAGCAAGUUGAGAGGUUGGUGACAAUGCUGCAAUUUUUAUUUCAGCUUCUCUUUAACCCGAGCGACCAAGACACCCACCCAGGAAGCGUGGACCGCCGUUCGCUUUACUUUUUAUUUUUUAUUUUUUCACCCCAAAAAACAAGCCCCCUAGCAUCCUAAAGGGAUGCCCGUUAGCUUUCGUUAUCCCAGCAGGUUGCAGGCAAGCGGUUGCACGGACUCGCAGGAGCUAGCCCCGUUAGCUUGAGAACUUUCUUUUUGAAGCACGUCUAAAGAUGGCUGUCUCGGUUCGGGGCUUGUACUUUGUGCUGACGCUGUUUUUGGCCAGUUUCUUCGGGAGCGUCUUCAUGCUGGGUCCGGUCUUGCCCCUGAUGCUGCUGUCCCCCGCUUGGUAUCGCUGGAUCACCGAUCGCAUCGUCGCUACCUGGCUCACCCUGCCCGUGUCCCUGCUGGAGCUGGUGUUCGGGGUAAAGGUGGUGAUCACCGGCGACGCCUUUGUCCCCGGUGAGCGCAGUGUCAUCAUCAUGAACCACCGUACGCGUCUGGACUGGAUGUUCCUGUGGUGCUGCCUGCUGCGCUACAGCUACCUGCGCCUGGAGAAGAUAUGUCUCAAGGCCGCGCUCAAGGCCGUGCCCGGCUUCGGCUGGGCCAUGCAGGUGGCCUGCUUCGUCUUCAUCCACCGGCGCUGGGAGAAGGACAAAGAGCACUUGGGCAACAUGCUGGACUACUUCUGCGACAUCAGGGAACCGCUGCAGCUGCUGCUCUUCCCUGAGGGCACCGACCUCACUGAGAACACGAGAGUGCGCAGCGACGAGUUCGCCGUGCAGCACGACCUGCCGAGAUACCAACACGUGCUGCACCCGCGCACCACCGGCUUCACUUUCAUUGUGGAGCGACUGCGAAAAGGAGACAACCUGGAUGCGGUGCAUGACAUCACCGUGGCGUACCCCAAGAACAUUCCCCAGACCGAGCGCCACCUCAUGCUGGGCCUUUUUCCCCGCGAGAUCCACUUCCACGUGCGGCGCUAUCCCGUCGCCACGUUGCCCGCCCCCUCGGCCGAGUUGGAGUCGUGGUGCCGUGAGCGCUGGGCCGAGAAGGAGUCCCGUCUGCGGGACUUCUACUCGAGCCGGCCGCGGGCCUUCGACCAGGAAGGUGCGGCGCAGGUGCCGCCGUGUAAGUCGGAGCUGCGCGUGGCCCUGAUCAAAGCGGCCUCGCUGCUCUACUGGACCAGCUUCAUCGCGUUGUGCUUCGCCGGCCUGUGGCUGUUGGCUCCCGUCAGGUUGUACUUUGUGGUCGUAGUGGGCGUGUACGUGGCCCAGCAAAAGAUGGCAGGCGGGCUGGAGCUGCUCGAGUUGGCCUGCCAUCGCUACUGGACCUCUGUGGCGGCCAACGGAGGCAGCAAGAUGCUGGAUGGAAAAACACAGUGAGGAGAGAGUACUGUCUUGAGACACUAAAGCUCCCUUUUGUGGGGUCUUCCUUUAGAAAGGGAAUCUUAUGUUCACCUCCUGGCAGGGAGGUUCAGGAGGGACGCGUUGUCAUCAUCCCUCAUUUUGGCUCUCCUUUUAUUACCUCCACCUUUUUUUGCUUUUGCGGCAUGGCGCAGCAACCACCUAAGCUUAUGUUGGCCAAGUAGGUUGUUGACCUUAUUGGAGGUCUUCGCUGCGCUGGGGUCUAGAUGCCACCAAGCUCGCACCAUCGGUUGGUUUACUGUGAAGUGCACGUGUCAGGCUACUAUCUGCGCGUUGAGUUAGCCUCCACGUCUUUUCUGUACAUUUUGUUUUGUUUUUUUGGGUCUUGCGUGUUUCACGGUGUCUUACACGACGGAGCGAAGCCAUACAACCUGCACAUUCUCUACAUGGACUCAUCUAAAUGUAUUUUCAAAUACCUCCUACUUGGGUAGAAUUUCGCUUUUAUACAAAACGUAGGAAUGGAUUUUUUCCCCAGGGACAGGGGGGGGGAAAAAAAUCUGCUUGUUUGUACAAGUACAAAAGCCAAAGGUGAGCCAGAAAGUAAAUACUCACUGAUGGUUUUUUUUUUAUUUUUUGGGGGGAUUUAGGCUUGAAGCAAAUGUCCUUAUUGGGAAGUUUUGGAGGGGGGUGAGGGGGAAGAUGUUGGGACAACAUGACCCUCCUGUCACAGUGGUGGCGCAGGAGGACCACCAGACUUGGAGUGGAAAACUCCCCUUCCCCAAAGAAAGUAAUCCCCCCCCAAAAAGUCCUUUAAUGCCCACUUCUCUGUGUGACACUGAUGCGUUGGCUCCACUCAAUUAGCAAAAGGCAGCUCAGAGGAAAGCUGUGUCCGUUGUGCCAAGCAAGCAAGGGCACGCUCAACACUUUUUCGCGCCACGUUCCGGGACUUGGAAAUACAGUGGAAUCUUGGUUUUCGCAUUUCCUAGUUUUCGGCAGGGUCAUUGGAAGAAUCUUUACCGAACCCAACUUACUGUCCCAGGACUGGGCGAUAUGGGCUAAGAUUCAUAUCGCAGUAUGAAUUGAAUGCCCUAAUGGCAAUGGUGUACAUCACGUUGUAAACGUGAGUAGAACAUUUUUAUAAUGGAUGUAUUUCGGAAUGGGUCGUAUGGUUCUUUAGCAAAGCUAAAAAAAAAUUAUUUUUUUUAAAGAGAGAGAGAGAUAAUGUAACUUUGAGAACAUUCAUUGUGCAGAGCUCCAAAAUCAAAACUCAACAAAUUACAUUGCUGAUAUAUUUAAUAUACUGUAUAUUAAUAUACUUUUGACCUGAAAGGCUCCUCCACCUGACUGAUGUAUGCAGUAACGUAUGAAUUCAUUUCCUGUUUUUGGACGUGUGUUUACUGUGUAGCUGUCUAUUAUUUUCUCUUUAGACACUUAUUUACCUACUAAUUUUCUCUUUAUCGUUGGUUACUCUGAUGGUUCGAACCAGACUUCUGUGAAAAGUGUACUGUACUUUACUAAAGCACUUAUCCUGGUGUUCCGCAACCAGCAUGGCUUCUCCGUCAUCUCCUGUUGAUUACACCUCGUUUCGUGAUACUUAUUCACCGCCACGGAGGCAAUGAUUCGUGACUUAGAGAAGUGGCUUCGCACCGUCCAUAGCCGCGCUAGUUAGCCAGCGGCAGCUCGUAGCUACAUGUAGCUGUAGGGGCGCAAGAUGAGCGCCGAUCAUUCCCCGAUAGUAACCGAGCAGCGGGGUAAGCACGGAGGAUGGGUGACUCUUCGACAUGGACUCACCCAUUUUCUUUAUUUAUUUUUUUUAACCAGCUCAGACCCCACAAGAAUGUGCUUAUUUCUUUGUACGUAUUUACGAAAUUUGUACUAGCCCGGUUGGGCUAGCGUCUAAGGUAUGCGGUUGCCCGCCAGAGUGGCCCAGGGCCACCAAGGCACCGUUAAUGUUAGACCCUGUUCCGUUUUCGAUCAGUUGUUCUCUUCCAAAUUUUGUCCCAGCUUUCGUACAUCUGCUUGUUUUUUUUUGGUACAAAAAGGUGUAUUCCAUAAGGCAAGUGUUUAUACACAACUCAAAGCAAUAACCCUUCUUGUCAGUGUUGCCCCAACUUGCCUGAGUGUUCCAUAGCGGACUGAGAGUUUUGUUAUUGCCUUGAGUUGCAAAUAAAAGCUUGCAUUGUGGAAAACGCCUUGAUACCUGUUGAAUCACUUUUUACACAAUACGACAAAGUCCUGAGUGAAAGCCAUUUGUGAAAGAAAGCGAGAAAUACCAUAGAAUUCUAGAAAGAACUCGUAGCAAAGUACAAAAAUGGCUCCUACCUCACCUCUUCUUGUCAUCUUCCAUACAGCAAGUUUCACACUGUUUUGUAUAUGUAAAUCUGUAGUUAUUCUCUGUAAAAAAAAAAAAUAUAUAUAUAUAUAUAUAUAUAUCUUUGUUUGGGGUGUCAGGAACAGAUUUAUGGGUUUACGUAUUUCCUUGGGGAAAAGAUUACUUCGGUUGGUUUUCAUACAAUUAGGUUUUAGUCAAGACUUUCUGGAACGGAUUCAUCACGAAAACAGAGUUUUUUUUGUUUUUUGUUUUUUGCAUCAGGACAGCGUUUUUUUUGUAGCAAAACUUGAGCGAAUCAGCAGACUCCCGACAUGGCGACAAACAAUCUUUUCAGUGCAAUCGAGCCAGACCGUCGUAUGUCCUCAAAUAGUGGCCGCGCGUGUUCGUUUACUCAACUGUGGAGUGACUGCAAAUGGAGAAUGGCGGGGGUGUUUAUUUACUUAACUGUAGAGGGGGCGGGCAGGCCUUAUUUGUACGAUAUGUUUCUGAACAAUAUCAGCACCAUUUAUAAACUGCGGUGUAAGGAAACUAAAAGGCCGAUUGCUCCCUGGUAGAAUAACGUAGCUCCGCACAACAUUUUGGAGCGACGUUCAGACUCCACGCAAGAUGUGCUGCCAUAGGUGCUGCUGUUUUGGCCAGCAACACAGUUCAAGCAGGCUCAGCAGCUAGCUCAACUGAGAUGAUUACAGUUACUACCAGUUUGUUUUUGUUUUUUUCCCCCCGAGGGGGGUCAAACAAACAAAAAAAGGGUAAAUUGUCUAUUUAGAGGGCGGUGUUUAUGUGUCUUAACGCCGCACCCAGUGAUUCAUCGAGACGUGGCGACUAUUCGAGGUGAGGCCAUUAUAUGAGGAAAUACGCUGAUUGGCUGUUGGGAAGAUUAAGUUUGGAGCCUCUGUGCUUUACCAGUCACUGUGAUUGAAUGGACACGAAACAUGGUAAAUCAGCUAAAUGUAUUGGGUCGUUGUUAUUAUUAUUAAUAAUAGUUAUGAUGAUGAUGAUGAUUGUGUUUUAUUGUUCUUUGUUAUCACUUAAUUGUUGAUGCUGGACCUCUUAAAAUGAUGACCCUCAGGUACACAUGGUGAGUUGCUGGAAAAAAAGAAAAUACCAGAUUAAAUGAACUCUGACUCCA